AUGGGACGGCUGGUGACGCUGGCGACGAUCCUCGCCCUGUGCUGGUUGAAUAGCGCGGAUGCGGUGGGUGAGACGAAACACGUCCCUCUGGAAAAGAACGUGCAGGGCCUGAUACAGGCUGGGUACCCGAGGGAGCGAGCCGAGGAGGCGCUCCGAGCGGUGGGGAACGCCGAUUGCUGCACGAAGCAAAUACACUGGCUCUUCGAGCAGAACAAGAAGCGCGCAGAGGAGGGUGAACCGAAGAAGAUGAGCUCCGAGUGCCACAAGAGGGACGCUACGGACUACGACGGGUACGCGGUAAAGUGGGGCAGCGCCAACGUCCAGGAGACCUGGGAGGCUUGCUGCGAGAGUUGCAAGAACUACAAACCCGAAGCUCCACAUUUCUACCCUUGCAACAUCUGGGUCUUCUGCCCGGAGAAGGAUGGGUGUUUCGCUCCCGCGGCUGGCGACUUCAUCCACGGGCAGUGCUGGCUGAAGUUCCAGGAGGACCCCACGAACCCGCACGUCAACAUGCGCGGAGACUACUCGGCGGAGUACAGGAAGACGCACCCGUCGGCGCCAAAGUCGGUGCAGUGGGUGGCGGGAUCAAUCGUGGAGGAGGGACAGACAGUCGGCAACGGCACUUGGUCCAGCAGAAGCCACUGGAGACGAUGA